AUGGAGCGAGAACGAGAUCGUGAUCGUGACCGGGAUCGACCAGAGCGUGGCAGUGGUGGCGGUGGUGCUGCGGGGGACCGAGAUGUGAAGCACUCGCUGGAGCCACGGGAUCUGUCGGCAACGAGGCUCUUUUCCGCAACGCAAAUCAAAAUUAGCACUUCACCCACCACGUCGCCGACCAUAUCGAACUCGUCAUCGCCGACGCCGACACCGCCGAUACCGGCCGUCUCGCCAGCCGUGACAGGCGUGGGAAGCGGCUAUCACCAUUCCAAUCACAAACAAAUCACGGGAAUUCCGUGCGUGGCGGCCGCGUCCAAGUACACUGCUCCGGUGCACAUCGACGUCGGCGGCACGAUCUACACUAGUUCGUUGGAGACCUUGACGAAGUAUCCGGACUCUCGGCUAGCCAAGCUGUUCAACGGCUGUAUCCCGAUCGUGUUGGAUUCACUCAAGCAGCACUACUUUAUCGACCGUGACGGGGGCAUGUUCCGGCACAUUCUCAACUUUAUGCGCAACUCCAAGCUGUUGGUUGCCGAAGACUUUCCCGAUCUCGAGCUCCUGCUGGAAGAAGCCAAAUAUUUCGAUAUUGUUCCUAUGAUCAAACAGAUCGAACAGAUAAAAAAGGAACGAACACGCAGUGGGAACGGAUGGCCUCCGUUCGGAAGCAACCGGCUGCGCAGCAAAUCGUCGACGCUGCCGGAUGCAAAUCACGACGUGGUGGCUCUGCACAUCUCUCCAGAUCUUGGUGAACGAAUUUUGAUCUCGGCCGAACACUCCAUACUGGAUGAAGUUUUCCCGGAGACGAACCAGGCUAUCCUAGACGCACGAACCGGCGCUGCCUGGAAUCAGUUCGAUGGCAGGCAAGUUAUCCGGUUCCCACUGAAUGGCUACUGCAAACUUAACUCCAUCCAAGUGCUGACGCGAUUGCUGAACGCCGGGUUUAACGUCGAAGCCAGCACCGGCGGUGGCGUAGAAUCGCAGCAGUUCUCUGAGUAUCUACUAAUUCGUAAAAGUUCAAUGUGA